CUGCGCAAGUAACCAGCACGAUUAUCUUCAGCGUCAAUGUCAUCACUGAAAAUGCCAUAGUUCCUCCCUCUACCUGGAGCUUUCAUUGAUUUUGCCAUCAUAAUCACUAAAUCAGAACCACCAAACCCUAACACACUCCCAAUUACCACCUUUUGCCUGGAUCGUACAACCCCGAGAUGUGAAAUGGCUGGCCCUCUACUUCGUGACAUUCUGCUUCAUAGCUCUCAAUUCCAAAACUUGCGGCGUUUUGUGGCCCGAAUCCCCGUGAAUGUGACGCCUCAUCGCUUAUUCUGUAGUGUUCCCACCAUUCCGAUUUCGGGACAAACAGGUGAGGAAGCAAGCUAUGCUGGUCAAAUCUCGAAGCUACAGGAUGACCCUGAUUAUGAGGAAUGGAAGGAUAAGGCAAAGGAGAUCGUCAACGACAUUGAUCCAAUCGUUAGGCUAGCCAAGGAUAUCCUUCACUCGGGAAGGUACAUGGUUGGAGAGCAAUUGACAGAUGAGGAUGAGAAAGUUGUGGUAGAGAAACUUCUUGUUUACCAUCCACAUUAUGAUGAUAAGAUUGGAUGCGGUCUUGCAUCAAUUAUGGUCGGACGUCAUCCCGUGUUUAACUACUCAAAGUGUCUUUUUGUUGUAAGAACUGAUGGUGACAUGAUUGACUUCUCCUAUUAUAAGUGCCUUUAUGAGUACAUUAGAAAUAAGUACCCAUCUCAUGCAGAA